GCCUCGAGUCGCUGGUCCGUUUGUCCUCUUCAUCGCCUGUGCUCGCCGCUGGGUAUAAGCGCCCUCUGACACUCGCCCGCCUUCCAUCCAGCCCUCUCGCCCUCGAUCCGCCAUGAACGCCCUCCGUCUCUGCCUGGCCCUCCUCUUCGCUGCCGUCGCGGUCUUCGCCCAGGCCCAGCAGCCCGUCCUGCCCACCACCUGCGCUUCCGCUUGCCAGCCGGUGCUCAACAACAUCCUGACCUGCAAGCAGAGCUCCACCCCGCAGACCCCUGAUGAUUGGACCGCCGCCGCCACCAAGCUUGCCCAGUGCAUCUGCCCCUUCCUGAGCAUGGGUGAUGUUGUCCCCACCAAGUGCAUCCAGUGCCUCCAGACCUCGCCCUCCGACUCCAACUCUCCCUCCACCAAGCUGAUCACCAACCUCGAGAUUGACUGUGGCACCAACGCUGCCAAGGCCCCCGCCACCAUCCUCGCCGUCUUCAACGCUACCUACGGCAUCGGUGUCGCCACUGGAUCGAGCUCGUCCAUCCCCAACCAGGGCUCCAACCCCACCAACGGCAACUCCAACAAGAGCGCUGCCGCCACCCUCUCCGCCUCUCUGUUUGCUGGUGUCAUCGUCGCUGUUGCUGGCGCCGUUUUUGCCCUCUAAACGAGGCGCAUGGCUUUACCUCCUCCCGUCUGCGAACGGAUCGGAUCCUGGCCCAAGAUACAUGCCCAUGUGUUUCUUAUUCUUCCUUAGUGCUGGCAUGCCUCGAGCCGCUACCUCCCUUGUUUUUGAUUGAUCGAUUGAUCGCCCUCGCCUCCUCCCCUCCAUCUCUCGUACCAACUGCCCCCCCCCUCCAACCACCUGAGUCUUAGAUAUCAAUUGAGCUGUCGAUGAGAGACUCCGCUUCCCCCCCCCUUCCUUACCCGGAACCGUAGAUCGUGUAUAUCAUCUCGUCGACAAUAGACCGGCUCUUGCUCUUGUGACUCCCCUUCGUUCCGUGUACUCGGUUUGCCAUCCUCCCUGAUGUAGAAUCAGCGAUGACUUGCCUGCUCGGGCCUGUAAUUCUUGUCCUCUUUCCUUUCUCAUAACAGAAUUUGAAUCGGGGUGAGAACCACUCUCCCCCUUGUACCUUU